CGUUGAGUCAUGAGGAACGGGACUCAUCUCCCCCGAGACAUAUAAACUGAAGCUCAAGCCACAGCACUUAGCCUAUUAAGAUUGCUAGCGCGUGGCUACACUCUCCUCGAUCCAGACCAGAGCGAAGAGAGAUCACCUGCUUCUUUCUCAGUCGUCGCCAAUGUCUCCAAAACCGAUCACGAGCCCCGUUCCUGUGACAUGGUAUCCAACCCUAGCCGUCUCUAUGCUUGCGAUAGGCCUUGUGAUCACUGCUUCCUUCUUCAUCUAUGAAGCAACCUCAUCUAGGCGAAACCGCAGUCUUGCCAAGGAGCUUACAACAGGAGCAUUUGCAUCUUUCUUUCUGGGUUUCGGGACUUUGUUCCUGCUGCUUGCUUCUGGUGUUUAUGUUUAGGGUCUUAUUGUCGAACCAAUGAAAGUCUUGCUCCUAAUGUUGAACCAAUUAAUUUUUUUGAUAAACAAGUCAAAGUUAUGCAUGAAAGAUGAUGGUUGGAUUGCUAGUUAAUAUUUUUGUUUCCUGGUUAA